CUGUUUACCAUGUUCAGAAAUUAAUCAAAAUAGUCAUAAUUCUGUGUAAACUUUCAAAAUUAAAUUUGUCAAGUAUGGAUCCUUUGAAAUUACGAUUUUUAACCGAGAGAUACAAGAAGGAAAGUAGAUUUAUAACAUUAAUAGGAGAAUUUAAACCUUCUAUUCGAUCAAAACCGGUAACUGGAAAAUUUUACGCAAAACACGAUGCUUUGUUGAUAGAAAACGUUCCGGAAGAUUUUAUAAAAUUUAUUAUCAAAAAGAAGAAUGCAACACCAAAAGAUUUUCAUUCCUAUCCACCUCCAUCGAUUAAUAUGGAGAGCGCGCCAUGAAUUAUUAAUUCUAAUCAAUUAAUUCUAAUUAAUAGUUAUGGUUGGAUUAAUGAGCCACUGAUUUCUCAAUCUAAAGAUCC